AUGGUGAAUUCUUCAACUCCAUACCCCAAUGCAACACAGAUGCUCACUUACACCAGCAAUAUUAUUGCGGAUUUAUUCUACGUGUGGUUGGGUCUAGUGAGCUUGACACUUCUUUGUUUCUCCUUCUUUCUUUAUUUCUUCUCAGUUAUACUUUACGUCUACUUCACCGCUCCUCACGUCCGUGAAAAUGCUCGCUACGUGCUCUUUGCCCACAUGCUCAUUAAUGAUACAAUGUAUAUUGUUGCAGGACUCCUCCUCGUGUUGGACUCAAUGUUUUUUAUCAGCAUCCCAGUACCAGUCUGUUAUAUGCUGCUCACCCUUGCAGCAUCAACAUUUCGGGUUACCCCAUACAACUUGGCAGCCAUGUCACUUGAACGCUACGUAGCCAUUUGUUAUCCAUUAAGACACGUAACACUUUGCACACCACAGAGGUCGUACUUAGUGAUUGCACUCAUAUGGGUGCUGGGAAUGACCCCCAAUCUACUGGACUUAUUGAUACUAAAUUCUUCCGUGGAUGGGACAUUCUUCUCACUAUCUUUGAUCUGCAGACAGGAAUUUGUCAUUGUGAACCCACUGCAGGGCACCAUGCGAACUCUGACCUUCAUACUCACCCUGACAUUGGUGGUGCUGGUCAUUCUUAUCACUUAUAUCAACGUCAUGCUGGUUGCACGACAGUUUGGCUCCGGGAGUUCUGCUGCCUCCAAAGCUGGUAAGACGGUCAUGCUCCACGCCUUUCAGCUCCUGUUAUGUAUGAUGUCCUUAACAUCUUCAAUAUCCGAGCAACAUGUUACAGCUUACUCUCCCGUUUACAAAAUAUUUAAUUUCCUAUUUUUCAUGUGUCUGCCAAGGUUCCUCAGUCCACUAAUCUAUGGAAUAAGGGAUGAAGUAUUUAGCAAAUGCAUCCGGAAGAUGUACUUUUUAAAACAGUAA